AUGUUUGCCAAAAGCAGUAGUACUGCUAAACAAACAGCAAUAAAGGCACUAAUGUACUCUUGUAUGACUGGAGGGAAUGUCCAGGAUCAUUGUCUCACGGUGAUGAGGCAUUUCAGUCAUACAGAGCUGAUGGACGUUAAGUUGGAUGAAGAGGUGCAUACCAAUAUGAUCUUAGAAUCUCUACCUGAUAGUUGCAAUCAACUGAACUAUAAUAUGCAUCAUAUGAAGCUUUCUCCUAUUAAGUUUAUGCACCAGUUUGAGAAUGCUAAAAUGACUCUCGUGAAGCCAGCAAGUGCAUAUCAUGCUAAAGGUUCUUCUAAACUUGAAGGGCAACCUAAAGGUGGUAAGAAGAACAAAAAGCAGUAA